AUGAGAGGAGGAGCAAAGAGGUUGAUUCUCGUGGCAACAUUCGUAUUAUUUGUGUUUAUAAGCAUCAUGAAUGUUGAAUCUCGAAGGGAACUUGGAUAUCCAAAACAAAGACUUGGUGAAGACCGAACAAAUCCGUAUGAUCCAAUAACACCAAAAUGUGAUCCUAAAAAUCCACAAAAGUGUUUACCAAAACAACCGGCAAAUCCAUACCGUCGUGGAUGUUCAAAAAUUACAAGAUGCCAGCGUGAUACUGGCUGA